AUUGACGUUUUUGUUAUUCACAGUAGACUUAUAAGACUUGUGCUACAAAAUCUGUCUAGUGUGUGAAUCUGAGAGAGGGAGUGUUCAUUAUCCAGAACAGCAUCAGAAGGCAGUUUCCUGACGGGAACAGCGAGGGGGAGGAGAGACUGGACAAGGGGGAACGGGAGAAUCGUUUAGACAGGACUCACUAGCCUGUGCUAGUUUGUUACUUUGGUCCUACUAAAUAGUUUACAUGUAUUAUUUCUUUGUCCUGUGUGGAUGCUGACAGACUCAUGGACGACUCCCGAACAGCAUCAUGCAAGUCCUGUAUCAAGGUUUACCUGUGUUCUAAUCCAGAAGACUCUGUUGUGGAACGCAGGGCUCUGAGAGAAAGUGUGUUUCCCAGGCUGAGGGAGCACUGCAGACACACACACGGACUGGACUUCAAGGUGAUAGACCCUUAUGAGGCAAGUGAUCCCAGAACCGGGCCAGACCAACAGACUAGACAACAGCUACUACAGGCGUGUAGAGAAAGCUCUGACGGACCCUACCUAGUGGCUCUGGUGGGGGCACAGUAUGGUACUGUGUGUUUACCUGCCCAGGUGGAGGUGGCAGAGUUCCACAUGCUGCUCCAGGUGUGCCAGCGAGCGGGCAUCAGUACCCGCGCUCUAGAGAAGGCAUACCUGAGAGACGAGAAUACAAUACCCCCGUCCUUCUGUCUGCAACGACAGACACACAUUCACACACAGCUGCACCCCGACAAACAGACAGAUGAAAAGACAGGAGAAAUGGGUGUUGAAGAGGAGGAGGAGAUGAGGAAGGUCUUGCAGGCUGCUGUGAGUCAGUGUGUUCAGGGGGGUCUCCUAACAACCCUAGGAUACUACAGGUCAGCUCUCGACACAGACCUGCGAUUCGCUCUGGAGAAUUGUCCUAGACGUGACAUCAAACGCUGCCUGGUCUAUGUCAACAAGAUCUCCAAUGGGCGGGGCCAGAGUGAGGGGGCAAACCAACCCCCUAAAGAGCCGCUCCUACACCCCUAUCCUCCACUCAAGGCUCUGUCCGAUGACAGCCUCCUGUCCCAGCUCUGUGACCACUUCCUGCCCAGCCUGGUGACUUCCUGUCAGCUCCUGGUGUACACCACAACUUCGGAAUGCGACCCUCGUCAUGGUUACACCCCCGCCAGGAGGAGGAGCUAUGCGGAGGGUCUCUGCCAGCAGCUUUAUUCCGACCUCCUGGCUCUGAUUGACAGCUCUGUCGCCAUGGGAAUGGGCAAGUCAGUAUCGUCACCUCAUUCUGAUGAUGCUUUGACCAGAGAGCAGGCUGAGCAGGAGGAGCUGUGUUCUCUCUAUUCCCGUCUCUAUGACAACAAUCAGCCAGAGGAAGAGGAAGUCAGGUCUUACCUGGAGCAGAGGGACACACAACACCCACUAGUGGUCGUAGGAGGGCCGUGCACAGGGAAAACUGUGCUGCUGGCACAUUGUGCACAGCAGGUGAGGUCAUGGCUGAGCGACAUGGAUCCCGUGGUGAUUAUCCUGUUCACCAGCCUGUCAGUCAAUCUCUCACCUAGACAUCUUCUCUCCAGCCUGUGCCACCAGAUAGCCCACAGAUACAACCGUAACCCUGAGCCCAGUAGCAGAGACCCUAACCCUACCAUCCCCCAGCUCAGACAUAACCUUUCCUCCCUUCUCUCCAUCUGUCCCUCCCCUAAACAGCCCCUGGUCCUCAUCCUUGACGGCCUAGACCAAGCUUUGACCGUCUCCGGACCCCAAACCAUCAAGUGUCUCCCUUCCCCCCUCCCUCCCAACAUCAAACUCAUGCUCUCCAUCUCCCCCACCCGAACCAAUACCCUCCACACCCUUGAACUCCAUUUCCCACAAUCCUCCUCUGCAGUUUUUGGUGUCUCAGGGUGCUGUGUGAGUGUAGAGCUGGGGCCGGUGGAGGGGAGGGGGUGUGUGAGGAUGUGUGCGUCCCUCCUGGAGGGGUCAGGAAGGAGAGUGACGUCAGGACAGCAGGGGGUCAUGAACAUGGCCCUGACCUCCUGCCCUCUGACCCUCUACGCUCGCCUCCUGCACAGACACGCCUCGCUGUGGACCUCAGCAUCAGAUGUGACUGAUGAGACCCUCCCUGUGGGUGUCCACUCCAGCAUCACAGUGUUUCUGGUUCACCUAGAGGAGAAACAUGGGUUGGUUCUGGUGUCCCGAGCCCUGAGCUACCUGACCCUCUCCAGGACCGGACUCACAGAGGCUGAGCUCUCUGACCUCCUGUCCAGUGAUGACGAGGUGCUAGCUGGGUACGUCUCGGCCAGUGAGCCCCCUCCCUCCAAGCUUAGGGUACCUGAGGUGGAAGUGGAGAGGCUGUUGUUGGAUCUGAAGGGGUUUCUGGUGAAGAGGAGUGUUGCAGGUUCUCACGUUCUAUUCUGGGUCAGUAGACAUUUUGGGUUGGUGGUGUGUGAGAGGUACCUGAGCUCCUGGGAGAUGAGGGAGGAGAUGCACACAGCGAUGGCCGACUAUUUUAAUGGUCGCUGGGCCUACGGUAGAGCCAAACCCCUGGUCAUCAGCCAGAACACAGGACUCAACCAGCCUGGGCCUGUCCCUGACACUGCCAGAAUGAAAAAAUACAUUGACAGGCAACCUCUUGGUCAACCCUAUGUGUUUAACUCUAAACCCUCCUCAUCCUCUUCCUCCCCCUCUUCUGAGCAUGUGCGAGUCAACCUGCGCAAGCUUCUGGAACUGCCCUAUCACCUGAAGGAGAGUGGCAGGUUGGAGGAGCUAGGGCGAGGUCUGAUGAUGUCACUGGAGUUCCAUCAGGCCAUGCUGAGGGCGGGGCUCCUAGGGGAUCUGGUAACCCUGCUGGAGGAUUGGGAAAGGGAGGGGGCGUCCCAGCUCAUCUUCCCCAGGGAGAGAGCUCUUCUGGCGGGCAUUCUGAGGGACUCAGCCUGUCUCCUCUGGAACUCCCCUAUGGAGCUGUCCAUGGUGAUGAAGGUCAGGCUGCUUCCUUUCCUGGGGCUCUGUCCUGAGCUGGAGGGCUAUGCUGAGGAGGUGACACAGGGGAUCAAGAAGAGGGGAAGUGGGUUAGGAGUGGUGCUCAGUCCUGCCCCCUCUACUGUACCCUCCACACAGUGUUUUCUUCCAGAGGCCAGACAGUGUCCUGUUACAGAUGCAGCGGGGACAGUGUCUGGGACUGUGGUUGUCAUACAUAGUGAUGGGUCUGCUUUGGUGUGGAGGGGUAGGGAGGCAGAGGAACUGAAACUGAGCUGUGAACCUGCGCUGAGGUUUGUAAGUGUCCGGGCUAGUGGGACUUUCAUCCUCCUCUCAACUCAGUGCAACACACAGCUCCUGUGGGAUGUGACUGGGACAACGUGUUUUCACGAUGUACGGAGUCUAGAAAGACAGGAGUCCAACUCAGACCAACACUCCAGUACCAUAGUUGAAGGGUUCCUCAUGUGUGAUGACAGGAUGUGUGUGUGGUGGAAAGGUCUGAGCUACGUGAGUGUUUCUGAAGUUUACACCAGCCGCCUCCUCACCCAUUUGCAGUGCCAGAACACUGUUAGGAGUGUGUCUUUUCCCUCUAGUGGUCAGUUUAUGUACUGUGGCCAGGAGAAAGGCACAGUGUCUAUAUUUGACACAUCUAGAGGCACUCUCAUUGCUAUCUGUUCCAGUUCAGCAGAGUCAUCAGUUAUCUCUGUGAUACUCAGUGAGGAUGAGAGGGAGAUGGCGUGUGUGGACAGCAGAGGGCACGUAUUGUUAUGGUGCAUAGAGACCAAAACACAUCCCAAACUCAAAAAAGAGUGUUGUAGUGGCAGUAGCCAUUUUGAGUUCAUCAAUACAGACCUAUCAGAAGAGAGUUGUAUUCUGCUGGUGUGUAAAAACCAGGAGAUUGUUCUCUGGGACACGUGUGACUGGGAGCAGUGGGACCAUUUCAGAGCUCCACAUGGGAAGGCCUUCUCUCAGGCAUUGUUAGCCCAGGACGGACACCUCAUCCUGGCUUCGCUAGAGGCCUGUCCCUCUGUGCUGGUGUGGAGGAUGACCACUGGUCAGUGUGUCCUGUCCUUAGAUACUGGCAGUCCUUCCCAACCCCUCUCACUGCUCAAGAUGGAGUCUGUCCUCUCCGUGGUCACACAAAAUGGCCACCUCACUACGUGGGACUCAGAUGUAAUAUGUGCUGCGGCUAUGGUCCCCAGAACUGGGGCUGGGGUGAGGGAGGUGGUGCUGGAGCCAAUGGGAGAGCGGUUCUAUGUGAUUGACGGCUCAGAGAUGUUGUGGAGGUGGAGAUUACAGACAGGAAGACCGGAGACUCACUUCCUGCACGAUGGCCCCGUGGAGAAGCUGUGUCUCUCUCCAGACGGCAGCCAUCUUGUGAGCCUCUCAGGGGAGGACGUUUACGUGUGGCAGAGCGACACGGGACAGAACCUCCACCGUAUCCAUGGCAGCAGAGCUACAGAGGUUCUGAUCACGUCAAACGGUCACAUCGGGGUGUGUGUGUCGCAGCACGGCCUGUCCAGGGUGUGGAAGCUGGCCAGUGGGGCCUUGGUCUGUAACAUUCACCUGUACCUGGCUGAUGCCCAGGUCUCACCUGAGAGCACCUUCCUGUUAGGCCGUCGUCAUGGUGACCUGCUCGCCGUCAGCCUGUGGUCUGGCACCGUCAGUAAGCGCUUCUCGUGCUCAGAACGCUAUGAACGUUCUACGGUCGUGGCCUUCCGGACCCUGCCGGAACACCCAGACUUUGUGAUCGUGAUGGCUGCCUCUGGGUCUGUUUACACAUGGAAUGUGACAGAGGAGACGGUGUGCCGACAGGUUCUGCUCCCCCAGAUGUUCCUGUGCCAGCCACAGGUCUUCCACAUGUCCUCUGAUGGGAGCUUCGCUCUGCUGUCCACUGAUGAUGACCUCAUCACCCUGCUGGACCUGCCCCAUGCCAGGCUGUGUAGGGUCAAGGCCCAGGGUCCUGUCCUCAAAGUUUGCUUGGACAACUCUGGACGCUACGCUGUCUACAUCUGCCACCCCCCUGCCCAGGAUAAUGGCUGUGCCUGUGACCUGCACACUAAGCCAUUGCUGGCAGUGGUAUCGCUGGCUGACGGGGGGAGACUGGGGGGGUUGUGUCUGUGUAAGACCCCCACAGCUCUGGCUGUGAGUGAGGAGCUGUGUGUGUAUGUGGGCUUCCAGGAUGGGUCUGUGGGCGUGUACUCCAUCUCUGACAUCACAGGGAGCGGAGGGGCUGUCAGGGAAAGGAUACAAGGGAUUGGUCGGGAGAGGCCAUGCCAGUGUGACAGUGAGCCAGUGCGAUGGUUGCCCCUAGCAACACCCAGCAUCACAUGGCCCAAGUCUUCUGCAGAGACGACCUAACAGAUCUAGGCCUGAGUCUUCUUCAGAGAUGACAUAACAGAUCUAGGCCUGAGUCUUCUUCAGAGAUGACAUAACAGAUGUAGGCCUGAGUCUUCUUCAGAGAUGACAAAACAGAUGUAUGCCUAACUUGUGUCUUUUUGGCCAGUUUCCUUCUUUAUUCAUUUAAAAAAAUGUGUCCAUUGUUACCUGUUAGUAAAUUGAUUAAUAAAUAAAAUUGAUAUUAAAAUGGUUGUUUUCUAUCCAAUAUGAAUGU